GGCUGAGACAUCAACCGCCAAUCAUGGAUCAAGGACGCAAGGUCUGGGCGCCCAAUGUGGCCGAGGGCUUCAUUCUGGGUGAAAUCUCGGACUUUGGCGCCGACACCCUCACUGUUCAGCCCAUCGACGGUGGCAAGCCCAUCGAUGCCCCUUACGAUGCCGUCUACCCUGCAGAGGAGGAGGAUGCCAAGGAUGUGGCCGAUAACUGCGCCCUCAUGUACCUGAACGAGGCAACCCUCCUCCAUAACCUGCGUCGCCGCUUCAUGAAGGACGACAUUUACACCUACACGGCCAACAUCCUUCUGGCCAUCAACCCUUACCAUACCUUGGACAUUUACGGCAAGGAAGUGCAGGCCCGUUACCGCGGCGCCUCGCUCGGUGUGGAGCCCCCGCACGUCUACGCCAUUGCCGACAAGGCCUACCGUGACAUGCGUAACCUUCGCCUGAGCCAGGGUAUCAUUGUCAGUGGUGAGUCGGGUGCCGGUAAGACCGAAUCCACCAAGCACAUUCUGCGCUACCUUACCGACUCGUACGGUGGCGGUGGCAACGUCGCCGACCUCGAGUCGCGCAUUCUGGCCGCCAACCCUUUCCUCGAGUCGUUUGGUAACGCCAAGACCACGCGUAACAACAACUCGUCGCGUUUCGGCAAGUUUGUGGAACUCCACUUCAACCGCAACGCCCUUGUUGUGGGUGCCUACAUUGAGCACUACCUCCUUGAAAAGUCACGCAUCAUUGAGCAGUCGGACAAGGAACGUAACUACCACGUCUUUUACCGCCUUUGCAAGGGUGCCCCCGACAACGUGCGCACCGCCCUCAACCUGGGUGCCGUCGACUCGUACGAGUACCUCAAGCACGGUAUCUGCACUGACGUCCAGUUCCUUGAUGACAAGAAGGACUUUGCCAUCAUGGAAAAGUCCAUGGACGACUGUGGUCUCAGCGGCGAGGAGAAGUCAAACGUCUUCCGCAUCUCUGCUGCCGUGCUGCACAUUGGUAACAUCUCCUUCGAUGAUUCUGGUGAUGAUGGUACCGCCACCGUUGCGGCGGACAGCCAAAAGUCGCUCGAGGGUGUCGCCAAGAUGCUCGGCCUCGAAAAGGAUGCCUUCAGCGAGUGCAUGUGCUACAACUUCCUGAACAUUGCCGGUAACGAGAUGAAGAAGGGCAAGACCGUCGAAGACGCGCGCUUCAACCGCAACGCCCUGGCCAAGGCCAUGUACUCAAAGCUCUUCGACUGGAUUGUCGCCCGUAUCAACCAGUGCUUCCCCUUUGACCGCUCUGAGAACUUUAUCGGUGUCCUCGAUAUCGCCGGCUUCGAGUACUUCCAGGUCAACAGCUUUGAGCAGUUUUGCAUCAACUACUGUAACGAGAAGCUUCAGCAGUUCUUCAACGAGCGCGUCCUCAAGGACGAGCAGGAGCUCUACGUCAAGGAGUCGAUCAAGUUCAAGGAGGUUGAGUUUGUGGACAACCAGGACUGCAUUGACCUCAUUGAGCUCAAGGGCACUGGUAUCCUCUCCAUCCUGGAUGAGCAGUCCAAGCUGCCCCGUGCCAACGACGAGGCUUUCACCGAGAAGCUCCACCAGGUGCACAAGGAUCACUUCCGCCUCCAGCUGCCCCGCAAGUCCAAGAUGGCUUACUACAAGAAGCUUCGCGAUGCCGAAGGCUUUAUUGUUCGCCACUUUGCCGGUGCUGUCUGCUACCAGACCAACGGCUUUAUCGAUAAGAACAACGAUGCUCUCACUUACGAUCUGGCCGCCCUCAUGGACAGCUCCAAGGAUCCCUUCACCCGUGCUCUCUUUGAGGCCAAGGAGGGUGAUCCCAAGCCUCAGAAGGGCAAGAUUACCCUCAUCUCCCUGGGCAGCAAGUUUAUCGGCGCCCUUGGCCAGCUCAUGGACAAGCUCCGCUCCACCCGCUCCUCUUUCAUCCGCUGCAUCAAGCCCAACCAGAAGAUGCAGCCCAAGCUCUUCAGCGGCGGCGAAAUUCUCUCCCAGCUGCAGUGCGCUGGCAUGGUCUCCGUGCUUGACCUCAUGCAGGGUGGUUUCCCCUCGCGUACGGCGUUCCAGGACCUGUACGACAUGUACAAGUCGGUGCUGCCCCCUGCACUGGCCUCGCUCGACCCUCGUACCUUCGCCAAGGCCCUCUUCAAGGCCCUUGGUCUGAACGAGGACGAUUUCCAGUUUGGUGUUUCCAAGGUCUUCUUCCGCCCCGGCAAGUUUGCUGAGUUUGACACCAUUAUGAAGUCUGACCCCGAGAACUUGCAGAAGCUGGUUGGCAAGGUCAUGGAGUGGCUUGUCAAGCAGCGCUGGAAAAAGCUGGCCUGGGCUUGCGUCUCGUGCCUCAAGUUUGCCGCCAAGAUUCGUGCUCGCGCUGGCUCAGCCAUUACGAUCCAGAAGACCGUGCUCAUGUACCUUGCGCGCCGCACCCACAAGCCUCGCUACCAGGGCAUCAAGCGCCUCAGCCAGUUCCGCGAUCAGCUCCACACCCUCGGCGAGGUCGUGGAGAAGCUCGAGAAGAACAAAGAGAAGUUCCAGAAGAUUGUCGGCGACAUCAACGGCGAGCUUGAUACGGCUAUCAACAAGAUCAAGACCUCAGACUCGAUCACCCGUGAUGACAUCAACAACCUUGCCAAGGGCAUGGAGGACAAGAUGGAGAAGCAGCUGGCUGCUAUCCGCAAGGAGCAGGAGAAGCAAAAGCUUCAGGCCGAGGCGGACCGUUUGAAGAAGCUGGCCGAGGAGAAGGAACGCCAGCGUAAGCAACGUGAGGACGAGGAGCGCGAACGCCAGGCUGCCGAGGAGGAGGCCCGUCGUGUCAAGGACAUGGAGGCCCAGGCAAAGAAGGAGGCCGACGAGGAAGCUAAGCGCAUGGAGCAACUCCGCAUCCAGAAGGAGAAGGAGGAGCACAACGCCAAGCUUCAGCAGAAGCGCUCCGAGGAAGCCAAGCGCGAGGCUGAAGAGCAGGCCCGUGCCGAGCAGGAACGCCGUGACCAGGAACUGGCCAUGCGUUUGGCCCAGGAUCAGGCCAACCCUGAUCAGGCCCUUACGGAUGAGGCUCGUGAGGCCAUUGCCAAGGGCCCCGCCGUUAAGCGCAAGAACCUGCGUGCCGUUACCCACUCGAGCAAGAACGUCGAGAAGGCGCACAAGCGCCACGACCUCAGCAAGUGGAAGUAUGCCGAUCUCCGCGACACGAUCAACACGUCGUGCGACAUUGACCUGCUCGAGGCUUGCCGUGAGGAGUUCCAUCGUCGUCUGAAGGUAUACCACGCUUGGAAGAUGAAGAACCAGCAGAAGCAGGCUGCUCAGCAGUCGCGCACGCCCUCUGCUCUGCACCAGGCGGCUACAUCGCGCUCGGCGGCCCCUGCGCCCCCGGCCAAGGCCAAGGCCAAGAAAGGCGAGCUGCCCCAGCGCUACUUCCGCAUCCCCUUUGUUCGUCCCGAUCAGGACAAGAAGGCUGGUUACCAGAAGAAGGGCUGGUGGUUCGCUCACUUCCACGGUCAGUGGAUCGCCCGCCAGAUGGAGCUGCACCCCGACAAGCCCCCGGUCCUUCUCGUGGCUGGCAAGGACGACAUGGAGAUGUGCGAGCUCAGCCUCGACGAGACAGGUCUGUCCCGCAAGCGCGGUGCUGAGAUUCUGGCUCGCGAGUUCGAGGAGGAGUGGAAGAAGCACGGCGGCCAGCCCUAUGUCGUGGCCACGCCUGCCAAGAAGUAAACACUUUUGUCGUCGCUUCAGGAUGGACGUGUGGGGUCCAGUUGCGUUGCCGAAUCAGUUUGUUUGUUAAUUUUUGUACUGAUUGGCUUACGCUUUAGUGUUUGCGUUGGCUUCUUGUUCCUUUCUUUCUAAAUGUUACUGCGGCGAGGUGUUGCCCUUUUUUGUUAAGCACGGAACACGAUGACCCGCCCUCAAAUGACAACUGUUUACGAAUUGAGACCCUUGGUUUU